UUUUAAAAGCUAUUAAUACUUUAAUAUACUCAAAACUUUAUCCCAAAAUGUUGCAAACGAAACUUUUAUGUCGUUACCAAAGAGCUCCUGUUAUAAAAAUAGUGUUGAACGAGUCAAAAUAUUUAUGUAACUUCAGUUGUGUUUUGGUUAGAAAAUACGCGGCUAACACGAAACAGAAAAAAGCUAGUUCUGUUUACCGUACUAUGAACAUAUUUGAUAGAAAGGCGAAGAUAUUACAGAGGGAAAGAUGGGCACAGAAGGACGAUUAUCACUUAUGUGAAUAUGUUAAAGAGGAGGUUGGUUGGCGAACUGCGGAUAGGAUUUUUGAUAUAAAAAGGACUUUUAAAAAUGCUGUGGAGCUUGGUGCCUGCCGUGGUUAUGUGUCCCGCCACUUCUUACCAGACAGCGUUGAGAAGGUGACACUAUGUGACACGUCUCAGACACACUUGGACAAGGCUCUGGUGGGUGAAGGCGUCCAGUUUGAGAAGCGGGUGAUGGACGAAGAAAACAUUGAUUUUCCAGAAAACAGUGUCGAUCUGGUGGUGUCAUCAUUAUGCCUUCACUGGGCAAACGACCUGCCCGGGGUGUUCGACAAGGUCAUGCAGUGCCUCAAGCCUGAUGGGGUAUUUCUGGCGUGUGUGUUUGGCGGUGACACCUUAAUGGAGCUCCGUCAGAGCCUGCAGCUGGCUGAGACGGAGCGGAGCGGAGGUAUCAGCGCGCACGUUUCGCCCUUCACGAGAGUUAGAGACAUUGGCGGGCUGCUCACUGCGGCCGGCUUCACCCUCCAGACAGUGGACGUGGACUCGCUGACUGUGUGGUACCCCACAGCUUGGGACGUGAUGCGAGAUGUCCGCGCUCUGGGCGAGGGGAACGCGGCCCAUUCCCGCCCGCUGCGGAUAAGCAAGGACGUACAGUUCGCCGCCGCAGCCAUAUACGACGAGAUGUAUGGAAAGGAGAUCCCAGAGCGCAAGUCCCGGGGCGUCCCGGCUACAUAUCAAAUCAUCAACUUCCUGGGUUGGAAACCAGAUGCUUCGCAGCCUCAGCCCAUGCCACGCGGCAGCGGAGAGAUGUCACUGAAGGACUUGCAUCGCAUCGACGAAAUUAUUGGUGACACCAAAAAGAUUAAGAUUACUGAAGAUGAUUCCAAGGCUUAGCCUGCGCAGGUGAACGUGCACUCCGAAGCACGGAUCAUUGGGUUAUUAGCCUGCGAUGUCCUUACUAAAUUAAGGAUCACAUAGCGAUUUUUGUGAUAUUUCCCCACCGGGAUUCAAACCCGGAGCGUGGGCCCAACCCUCAACCAUUUGACCACAGAGGUUGUUACUCGUCCUAGGACUAACUAAGCGGUCACCCAUCCAAAAAUAGACCCAGUAGUG